CAGUAUCACUGCUCAUCCAGCAGCGAACGUUAUCACUGAGGGUUGGGACGUUGGGUCGACAGCAUAGUGCCGGUCCUCCCUCACACUCCUGCACACAUACACAGACGCGUUAUCUGUAUCCAAGAUACCUCCCCUGUCACCUGUCACUGACACAGACAAGAAUUUUUUCCUCCGGUGUUCUGCCUUAAGUGAUGUACUAAGAGGUUGCUGUCCUGAAGUUGUUUGCAAUACAGUGCCAGCGAGACAGCGCGGACCCGCCAGCAUGGAGGAGCAGGACACAGGCGCGCGGGGUGGUGACUUAAACGGUACUGAGGAGCACAAUAAGGCACAGCAUCAGGAGAAGGAAACUGAAGCUGGAGAGGCACAAAACCAGUCUGAAGAGCAGCCCAAGGGAGAAGCUGAUGAUCCAAAGGUAGAGUCUGAAGACGAGGGAACUGGAGAAGAUUUAUCUGAAAGCUGUGAAGUCCCUGUGGAUGACAAGCCUGAAAUCAAGGAGGAGCAGGUUACUGAAGAGUCAGUUGAAGUACAUGAAACUGAAUGUGUUGCUGAAGAAGAGAAGGGAGAGCAAGAAAGCUGCCCUGAUAGUGAAGAAGUAAAAGAUUCAGGAAAGGAAGAAUCUCUUGAUGAACCAGUGAAUGGUAUUAGUGAACAUCAGGAAGAAGAUCAAGAAGCCAAUAACAAGGAGAACCAUAUUAAUGGUACAAGCACAAAAGAAGAGAACAAUCAUUUUGAAGGUGAAGAACUAACAAAAGAAGAAGAAGAAAACAACAAGAACAAGGAGCAAGAAGGUGGUGAUAGUGUUGACUUCCAGAACAAAGAAUUUACCAAUAACCACGACGACGAUAGUCACCAUACCAUCAGUGAGCUGAGGUCCAAGUGGGACUCAUUUGGCAAGGAGCAGAGCAGUCCUCCAAUUGAACACAUACACUGCCAUCCAGGCAUGGCUGACACUGCCAAGAGCCGUUUUGGUGGCACUGCUGAGAAAUGCAACCAGUGCCAAAAGACAGUGUAUGCCAUGGAGAGGCUGGAGGUGGCAGGCCGGCUGAUGCACAAGACUUGCUUCAGAUGCUGCAAGUGCAACUCUCCUCUCAGUGUUGGGAGAUUCUCAGUGGGUGGUGGGGAGCUGUACUGCAUGACUCACUACAAGCAAGCAUUCAGAGAGAAGGGAACCUAUGAUGUGUUCACUCCAGACAACCCUAUCAAGGGCAAGUGGCAGUCCAAGCCUGCUGAGUGAUGGCCAGCUUUUGGGAGCCUUUGGGACCAGGGUGGAAGAGCUACAUCACUUCAUUUCUUGCAUCUUUUACUUAUUGCUAUUCCUGAGAUUUUCUUGUUAUUGCUAUUCAGUACUUAACUCAAGAUAGAGAACAAUCUCUAAGAAUCACAGCUCUGCUGGAUUGUUACUGCCAAACUAUGCCUUUGUAAAUAACACACCUCAAGUCCUAUGAAAAAUAUCCUCCCACUUUUGUGUUUGCUUUAUGGUAAAGCUUAAUUUCUUGUAGUUGUGAAGUAAGUGUUUUUCCAUAGACAGGUUUGUUCAGAUCAACACCAUCACCAGUAAAUGUGCUUAUCCCUGGUCAGGUUUACUGGCGUGAGACCUGUCACUGUAAUUAUUAUUUUUGUUCUCCUUUCUUCAUGUAUAAUACUCUUAAUCUAGACAUUGCAAGUUCACUUUAGUAUCAAUGCUGUUUGAGGAGAACUGCAUAGUUUUCUUACAUGAUAUAACAGUACAAAGUAAUCCUGUCAGUAUUGGGGCAGGUAUCUAUGCUGUUUUUGGGGACAUAUCAAGAUGAAAAUAAGCAUGCUUUUUGAAGUCCAAAAUGUAUUCAGUGAGAAAGAACUGUUUCAUAAUAGCAUUAAAGAUCUUGUACUUUGUAUAUUUGUAAAUCGAAAAUUAUACAUACCAUAGUUUUCUUGACAGUGUUAUAGUCUUCAUACUCUUUGAAAUUAGCUACAACUUGGUCUGCCUUAUGUCUUCCCACAGGAGAAAAUGUCUGUGUUUUCAGUGUGAAAUGAAGCUUAGUAUGUCCCAAGUCCAUCUUUAGGCUGCUUCAGAACAACUUGUGCAGGGGGCCAUUUUUUUCUUCAACUGUGAGGUAUUUAUAUGUACAGAUCUGUAUUUUUUGAUGGUAUAAAUCUUGGAGAAUGUGAUUCAUAAAGAGAUCCAAGUAUGGUAUUGAUAACUUGAAAACUCACUGUGAUUAAAGGGAGUGUAACUUGGGACAGCUGCUGAAGAUUGUGCCAGGUUGUGCUUUGCUUACACUGCCUUUAUGGCUUUGGACACAUUGCAGUGUUAUCCCUCAGAAUCUAGAUUAUAUAUAUUGUUCAAAUCCAUUAAAACACAAAUUGUUUGCAAUUGUAUGUUAAGAAUGUUCAGUAUAAUGUCUGAUAAGUUCAUAAUGCAUACAGGAUUUUUUUCCCCUGUUCCAUAAAUUCUAGUCUGCUCUUUUAAAAAUGUGCGAUCUCUUGACAUCUUUUUAGUUUGAAAGGAAUUGUUGAAUGGAUGAACACUCAUUGUGCUUGAGGGUGACAAAAUCUCAUUAUUGCUGGAUCUUAUUUUGGUGGUAAUAUUUAGAAUAUCUGAUUACUUUUUAAGAUUUUUUUUUUUUUUUUUUUUUUUUAUGCAUGAUUGUACAUAGGUGUCUUCCUGCCAUUCUCUUUGCCUUCAGUUGACUAUAACUACUGCUCUUUUACAAUUCAAGCUAAUUAAGAUAUAUUGCUAAUGAUCUGUGACAUACCAGUAGGUUAUUGAAUUUAUGUGAUUAGAGAAUAGUGGUCAGCAUUUAUUUAAUCAAAGGAAGUUUUUAACGUCCAUCUACCACUUGCUAAUUAAUUUAAAGUCCAAUGUGAAUUAUUAAAAAAAGAAUUGGAAGAUGGUGAAAUACACACCUCCAAGUAGUAUGAUAACUACAUGUCACCAGAUGUCCUGUUUCUAGCUGCCAUAAUAGUCAUGUAGAGGUUUGGUUUUGUUAUAGCUGACCAAUAAUAUUUUCAUACAUAGCGAUGAUAUAUUUCCCUUGUCUGUGAUAUAUAUUUUCAUAUGUAUGAUGGGUGUACUAUCUUUGUCUGGCUCCAUAGCAGAAUCAUCUCAGGGUGAAGGAAUACUCCAGCUGCUAUUCCUGGUUUUCUUGCCUUACUUAAAGAUCACUUAUCAACUUAUGUACUCAUGAACCCUACAUGAAUAUCCAAGACUCAUUACUAAUAUAAUCUGGUGUUUGUUGGAUGGUGUCCUGUGCUGUACCAUCAUUGGCAACUAAUCAUCAACAAAUAUUUUUUAUGAUAAAUUUUCAGCUUAAGAUGUGAUUACCUUCUUUUUCACAUUUCAUAAUGUACAUAAGAAGCAGCAGAUCAGAGGAAGGGUGAUAUAUUUUUCUCAUAAAAUCAAUAGAAAGAAGUCAGCAUGAUAUUGAAAGAAAUAAGAACAAAAUGUGCCCUUAAAAUAACAAUGGUGAGCCAGCUUGCAUCACUUUGUGCUGGAGUGAAGGAUUUUAUUUGUAAUUUUCUUUACUACUAACUAACUUGCCUUGUUCAUCAGUCUUAAUUCUGUGAGAUUCUGAGUAAAUAAAUAAUACACCAAUGCCAGACAGUGACAGACUAUUGAUGUAAGCCUGCAGGUGUAGAUUGGGGGGAGAGGGAUAUGUGUGGCCUUGAGGAUAUAGCUGAGGGGAGCAGGUUUGUGAUCCUAUGAAUGCAAGUCUGUAGGUAACCCUCCCUUUGGCCUCCUCACCAUUAAUUAUUCUUGGUUGCUAGUCUGAGCUGUCCAGUUUCAGCCAUUAUUUGUAUGAUGUAUGCAUUAUAAUAAAGAAAAUACAAAAGGGUA